CACUUCUCAACCAGCAAUUACAUUGACCCAGUGGUCACCAAUAAUGAAGCAGAUUUUCUAUGGGACAACAUCUGGCCCAUUGUAGGAGUUGUUAUAGCUGUGCUUCUACUGGUUGCCAUCUGUAUCAUACUGACAGUAUGUCUUAUGAGAAAAAGGUCCUCCCAUAAGAAGGCCCCACCCCCAGUAUCAGAAGCCCCUUCCUCCAGGAGGUCAACUUAUAACAGCAAGAGGCCAGGGGACAUUUCACUGGCAGACUUGGACCCUCCAGCGGCCUACCGCCCCAUCCCCCUGGACAGACUGGAGGAGGAAUACAACAAACGGCACGCCAACGAUGACCAACUCUUCAAGGAGGAAUACGAGACUCUACCCCAGAAGCUUCCUCAUUCCCACGAUGCCUUUUCACUUCCUGAGAACAAGGUCAAGAACAGAUUUGCCAACAUCCUGCCAUAUGACCGUGCACGUGUUGUCCUGUCCACCAUUGAAGGCCAACCUGGGAGUGAUUAUAUCAAUGCUUCCUUCAUUGAUGGUUAUGAUGUCCCUAACAAGUUUAUAGCUUCACAAGGUCCCAGGAAGGAAACAGUGAGUGACUUUUGGAGAAUGGUGUGGGAGCAGAACUCUGCCACUGUGGUCAUGGUAACAAACUUGGCCGAGAAAAACAAGACAAAGUGCCACCAGUACUGGCCAGAGGAAGGUGUGGGUCAGUAUGGAGACAUCAGUGUGGAGGUGACAGAUGUGGUCAGACUGGUGGACUUUGUCAUCAGGACUCUGACAGUUCAGCAUCUACAGCUACAGGAAUGCCGCACCAUCACCCAGUUCCACUUCACCAGCUGGCCAGACUUCGGAGUGCCCCAGAGUCCCCUGGGAAUGAUGAAGUUUGUGAAGAGAGUGAAGGCAUCCAACCCUGACCGAGCUGGGCCAAUCAUCGUGCACUGCAGUGCCGGUGUGGGAAGGACGGGCACCUUCAUUGUGAUUGACACCUUGAUUGACAUGAUGGCAGCUGAACAGAAGGUGGACGUGUUCGGCUGUGUGGCCAGGAUGAGACACAACCGGAGCUACAUGGUGCAGACUGAGGCCCAGUACAUCUUCAUCUACCAGUCUGUGUUAGAGCACCACCUGUACGGAGACACUGAACUGGAGGUGGCCAACAUGCACAGGUACAUGCACAAACUACACACCAAGCAACCUGGCUCCAACCUCACAGGCAUGGAGACAGAGUUCAAGAACCUGACCAAGAUUCCCAUAGAGAAGCACCACAUGAGGUCAGGCAACCUGCCGGACAACAUCAGUAAGAACAGGGUGCUGCAAGUUCUGCCAUAUGACACCCACAGAGUGUACAUCCCAGCUGUACCCGGCCUGAGGAACUCUGACUACAUCAACGCUUCCUUCAUGAAUGGCUAUAGACAAAAGGAUGCAUUUAUUGCAACCCAAGGCCCCCUAGCCCAAACUGUUACUGACUUCUGGUCCAUGAUCUGGGAGUGGAAGACAUGUUCUAUAGUCAUGCUGACUGAGCUGGUGGAGAAGGGAAGGGACCAGUGUACCAAGUACUGGCCAGACACAUCCAGCACGUACCGUGAUGUGACAGUGGAGCUGUACAGCAUAGAGAAGCACCAGGACUACACACUCAGGACAUUCCACAUCUCAAACUGCAAGUCUAAGGACCAGAGCUGCAGGACUGUGCAACAGUUCCAGUUCCACGGUUGGCCGGACGUGGGAGCCCCCAACACGGCAGCCGGGAUGCUAGACCUGAUUGGUCAGGUGCAGAGGCAGCAGCAGGUGUCUGGGAAUGGACCAAUCACAGUCCACUGCAGCUCCGGUGCCGGUCGCACAGGAACGUUUAUUGCCCUGUGUACCAUCCUGGAGCGGGUGAAGACAGAAGGAAUCUGCGACGUCUUCCAGACCGUCAAGGCUCUCAGACAACAAAGGCCCCAUAUGGUGCAGACUCAGGACCAGUACAACUUCUGUUACCGAGCAGUGAUCGAGUACCUGGACAGUUUCGACAUGUACGCCAACUUCAAGUGAAGGGAAGCCCUGCCCACCUCCACAUCAUCUUCAUCAUUCCAGCUGGGUGCACAGAUCAAGUUCACUCUGUCCAAAAUCAUUCCGAUCCGAUCUAUGAUAUUUUUUGGACCUCUACAAGAACUCCAAUGCACAUUCCUAGUACAGGUUUGGCUGUACUUAUGACAAUUCAAGUUCAUAAGACUUCAAAAUUUUGCAAAGUUUUCAGAUUGGGGAUUAAGUUAGUAAACGUCUGAUGUGGCAGAUAAUGCAAUGUUGAAUUGUGAAAAAAUCAGAACUUUUAAACAAAACAGUGGAUUGUUGCAAAGGUCUCAAAUUUUGUAUUUCUCCAAGUGCCUCUUCCAGUCUGUUGCUUAUUAUAUAGAGAGAGUAAUGUAAUUUUUGUGUAUGAUAAUCAACUGCUAUAAUCUUUAUUCUUUGUGUAGGUGGAAAGUAGUCUGACCAAUAUUUAAUACUUACACUUUUUAAUGUUGCAUUGUGAUGACAAAACCAUAUUCCCAUAAGGCUGCUGACACUAACUUAUAGAGUAACAAAAUGUAAGUUGCAAUGCCAAUCAGUAAAUGUACUUAGUUUAAGUUUUUUUACAUGUGAUUUUCCUACAUCAUGAUUUCAGCUAAGGUGCAACAUUCUUUAAGGACAUGUCAUUGAAUAAUUAAGACCUUUGAUUGGUUUUUUCAAAGUAUACUGAAAUUACCGGUAUGUGAUUAACACACACUGUAUUAAAGGACAUGUUCAUUGAUGUGCGAUGAGAAAUGUGUAUUACAAUUGUCAUUGUUGCAUAUUUUAAACUUAUGAAAAGUUGCUCAGUUCAUAUAUUACAUUGUACAUGGCAAGAAGAAAUAUUAUAAUUAUUAUAGCUUUUAUGUGUUCCCAUGUGGUUAAUCUCAGAUUUUGACUAAGACUGAAAUAAAUGCCUAAUAGCCUUCCAAGUGUACAACAUGUGUACAACUAUGUGAUGUGCAAAGCUUAGAGGCAAUCAAGUUCAUAUAUAUUUUGAUAAGUUUAUCAAUUGCUACAAAGUUGCAAUCCUGGAUAAAAUAUUGUCUAUAUUGUGGCCAGUAUUAAGUAGACUAUGAUUAACUCUAUAUUUAGCAUAUUUUGUCUGGCAGCUGAGCUGUAAGUUAUUUAACAACUAAAUUUCGUCUCAAUAGAUUUGUCGCCUCUUGACAUUGUUUAAUGCAAUAAAGAGUUCUAAGAACACA